GGCAGAACAAUCAACCUUUUCAAGAGUGCAGGACUUGAUUAUUGUAACAUUUCUAAAACUGUUAAAAAAUGUUUGAUACGUUUAUUUUCUUCUUGUUCUCCUGGAGUCUGACUGGUGUGUUUGUUGCUGAUGCAGUGAAGUCAGAGUCAGUGACUGAGGGAGAAUCAGUCUCUCUGAACUCUAGUCUCACUCAAAUACAGACACAUGAAGAGAUCGAGUGGAGGUUUGGUGACUUUCUUAUAGCUAAAGUAAAGAACAACAAAGAGAGCGUGUUUUAUAAUACUACUGCUGCUGUGAGAUUCAGAGACAGACUGAAACUGGAUCAGACUGGAUCUCUGACCAUCAUCAACAGCAGAACCACAGACUCUGGACUUUAUACAGUCUCCAGCAGCAGAAGAGACACGAUCAACACGAUCAAUCUCACUGUCUAUGCUCGUCUGCCUGUUCCUGUCAUCAGCAGAGACUGUUCUUCAUCAUCAUCAUCAUGUUCAUUGGUGUGUUCAGCUGUGAAUGUGAGUCAUGUGACUCUCUCCUGGUUCAGAGGAAACAGUUCAUUGUCCAGCAUCAGUGCAUCUAAUCUCAGCAUCAGUCUCUCUCUACCUCUGGAGGUGGAAUAUCAGGAUAAAAACACCUACAGCUGUGUGCUGAACAAUCCCAUCAGCCAUCAGACCAGACAUCUCAACAUCACUCAACUCUGUCAGACAUGUGCAGACAGUAUCCACUGUUGUGGCUUUACUGAAGCUGUGAUCCGAUUGGCUCUCUCUGCUCUGGUGGGCGUGGCUACUGUGGUUGUUCUGGUUUAUGACAUCAGAUCCAGAAGUCUUCAACAGAAGAAGAGCGUCCAGAAAUAACCAUCAAACUCCGAUUAAUCAGAUACUCAGGAAGAUGGAAAUGAUUCAGCAAAAUUGUCUCAAUAUUAUCAUGGUCACAUGACUAUGAAACAAUACGUCUUCUGGGCAAAAAGUCGUUUUUUUCAGCCUGGUUCCAAAAACUGUUCUGGUGUGAUGGUUGGGUGAAGUGCGAGGAGUGUAUCCUUUAAUAGAGCCGUCUCACCUCAUGAAUAUUAUAACAAUGAAUGCACUGAAAAGACCUCGCGCUACUCAUAUACGCCAGAUAUCAAUGCAGAGAGAGAGAGAGAGGGAGAGGUGCACAAAGUCAAGCUGCAUGAUUAAUCUUUAAAAGAUUGCGUUCUCGAUUUCAUCACCCACAUGAUCUAAUUCCUAAAUGACAAUGAUUCGCCCGUGUAUACAAAAAUAAAAUCGGGACAUUAAAAUCUGCGUUUGCGCUGCCGCUAAUAGAGAGAGCAGUUGUCAUGUUUAGAUAAAAACAAUCUUGUCAAACACACAGUAUCAUUAUUUCUGUUACAAAUGUUCCAGUUAUCACAGAAGUAUACAAAGGUUUAUUAUUCAGAUAAACGCUGAUGUCUACUAAACUGAUCAAAAUAGGAUAAAUCACUUUUUGAAAGUGCUUCAAAUAACGACUGUAUCGAUUGCAUUGUUACACCACUAGGAGGCAACAAAUUACUGUUAAAAAUGUAUCUAUCACUGAAUCAUUCUUUCAGAAACAAAUGAAGUCUUUAUGAAUCCAACUUACAAAAAUAUAAAACCUGUCUGGAUCUUACAUGUGUGUUCAAGCAUCUUAUUUGUGUUAAAUUUGUGGUAACACUUUACAAUAAGGUUCAUUUGUUAACAGUAGUUAAUGUAUUAAGGUGCCCUAGAACCCUUUUUCACAAGAUGUAAUAUAAGUCUAAGGUGUCUCCUGAAUGUGUCUGUGAAGUUUCAGCUCAAAAUACCCCAUAGAUUUUUUAUUAUUCAAUUUUUUAACUGCCUAUUUUGGGCAUAAUUAAAGGGAUCCCCUGGUGUUAAGACUUGUAUGGCUUAAUAUAAUGUAAAUGAUGUCUCUUACUGAAAUAUGUAGUAGAAAACCCAUGAAAGAUUUACGUUAUUUUAAAAAAAUCCAUAACAUAUUUGGACAAUGGGCGGCGCCAUUUUGUUUGCGUUCUAUGUCGGUGAGGUCAAAUGGUUGCACUUUGUCAGCUACUAACAUUACUCUAUGGCUAUUUUUACCGCAACACAACUCAGAAUAUAAUAUACCAUGCCACAUUGUGCAGCUUUUGGUUUUAAUUUUCAGUCGAUGAGCCACAAGAGAAGCGAUGCAAGUCUUUACUGCUUUACUAGAGAUAAGAGGAGAAAAGACUGGGAAGUUGUGAAGAAUGUGGCACUCGAGACGGAUAUAAAUCCGAUCACUCAAAUAGGGCUGGGCGAUAUGGCUGAAAACUGUAUCACGAUAUCAGUGUUUCACAUCGGUCGAUAUCAAUUAUUGAUAUUUUUUAUGACCCAUUUAAAAUAAGGACCAGGAGAAAAAUAUAUUACAUUUAAACAUUUUUAUUUUAAACUUAACCUUCCUCUGAUCAUAAUCCCCUCAGUUAUUAAGACAGAAAUGUCAACAACCAUGGAAAACUCAAAUAAUUAAAAUGUUGCGCGGUGUUGCAGCUACAGAUGUUGUUGGUUGAAUACGGCUGUGCUCCAAAGGGUGAGCGCAGCUAAGGUGGUACAUCAAGUUCGUGGUAUUACCAGUCUUGGCGGGGACGACGGUCUUGCAUAAUUUGCAGACGACAUUGGUCUGACUACUGUAACGAGUAGAAAUAUAGUGUGGCCCCUUUAAGAACUGCGCGCUCGUGUUAAACUGUUGAUGAUCUGCAUGGUAUGUGUGAUCAGAGCACCGCAUGUAUGCGGGUUAUUUUCAGUCUUUUUCUGUUGCUCCUUUGUUUGUUUUAUUUAUCAAGUAAUGCUGUGGACGGCACAACAUUUGUGACAGACAGUCACCAAAGUUCCAUGGGGAAUAAAGCGCCGGUUAUGUGAUACAAUCGCCUCUGUGAAGUCUGUCUAAUAGUGAGCUAUCCCUGUUUGCUCCGUAACCACCGCAUUACACUACGGUCAGACUUAUAAUAUCCAAAAAACUGCCAUACUGGCGAGCUGACUUUUCCUCUUUUAUUUACAAGUUCCUCGCUCGCUGCGGCACUCAUUUUCUGCUUAUCAGUCGCCGGUUACUGAAGAGGAAUCCAGCAGACCAGCACGAGACAACGAUAUGGCGCAACUAAACUGAUACUGUUCCAUGAUUGGCUGUUAGCGUGUCACUCCCUACGUUGCUAGGUUACCAGAGAGCGAGUGCCUUUGUUAAUGCAACCAAACUUGCUUCGCAACCUGUUUUCUUUCGACGAAGAAUAAAAAAUAUCGAACGUUUUAUCGAACACAUUUUUUAUUGAUAUCGAUCACGUGUCUAUCGCGAUACAUAUCGUUAUCGUUUUAUCGCCCAGCCCUACACUCAAACCACUUCAGGAGGUGGUCUGGGACGCAUUCCAGUCAAAACUGAACAGGUCUAAAUGCAUCUGGUUUUUGAAACCACAUAUGCAAAUUUAACUCCUCCCAAAAAUACUAAAAAAUAAACUCGUGAGAGUGUGUUAUAGGUUAAAUAAUGUUAUAGAUAUGACAGCGACACUGCAGCACGCAUCACCGCAGAUGAGCGGCUGAUUUUCUAUUCAGCAAGACAACACGCAAACUGCCGCAAAUCAAAAUGAAAGUAAGUCGCAGGUGCUCAAAACACAAUAAUCUUCAUUAAAAGUAAUGAGACUGAAUGAUCUUACCAGUGCUGUUGCCGCUCACUCCGAUUGCGGUCUUGAUUUUGAAAUUAGCUGAUAAUCAAUAAAAUGCAGCUCGUAUAUGUUGCUUUCGGUGACGUGAACUCCAUGAUAUCUGCAUGUAGCGCGGGAAUUGAAGAUCGGAUAUAUUUUGCGGAGACACAUUUAUGUGGCCAUCGUUUUUAUAAAUCUGAUAGCUAUCCGAUCAGAGAAAUGAAGUGACCAGGUGUAAUGUUCUCUCCACUUUAGCCCUGAUGCCUUUGAUUAUUUUUCAUCUAUAUGUUUUGGUGCAACGGUAAUCUAGUAACACAUAGCCUACAAGUCUUAAUAUCCACGGGGUUUCUUUUAAAAGACGAUCAGCCUUUUCAAUUUGAGCCAGAGCACAAAAUUAGUGAGGCUGAAAACAUCGAAGCUGUGCAAUGACUCUGUGGCUAUUCAAACUACUGUUGUAUGGUGUGUAAAAAUUGUCUGAUAUGUCACCUGAAUGUAUACACAAAGUUAAACAUGCUGAGAAGAUGCUACUGUUUAUGCGAUCACAGAUAUCUCGUGCAUCACAGCGCACACAAGCUUUGAGGCAGUCUGUCUCAGUCGAGAUGUGUUAUAGGCUGCCCUCGUCAGGCUCCACGACAGGAGCGGCGGUUAAAGCAUACAUAUCCAUCGGCAACUGUAAGCUCUUUCAGCUGUGGUCUACUAAAAGCCUCAAAGGCACCAGGGCUUGUGAAGAGAACAAAAACGCGGAUCUUUAGGAAGUUUUAUUCGUCCACAUUCUUUUCAACUUCCCAGUCUUUUCUCCUCUUAUCUCUAGUAAAGCAGUAAAGACUUGCAUCGCUUCUCUUGUGGCUCAUCGACUGAAAAUUACAACCAAAAGCUGCACAAUGUGGCAUCGUAUAUUAUAUUGAGUUGUGUUGCGGUAAAAAUAGCCAUAGAGUAAUGUUAGUAGCUGACAAAGUGCAACCAUUUGACCUCACCGACAUAGAACGCAAACAAAAUGGCGCCGCCCAUUGUCCAAAUAUGUUAUGGAUUUUUUUAAAAUAACGUAAAUCUUUCAUGGGUUUUCUAUUACAUAUUUCAGUAAGAGACAUCAUUUACAUUAUAUUAAGCCAUACAAGUCUUAACACCAGGGGAUCCCUUUAAAAAUGCGUCGAUUCAGUGCGUGUCCCCUUUAAAUGCUCGCGCUCCCUGCCCCCAAGCUUACAACUCUAUAAUACAUUGCAUAAACAAAGUUCACACAGCUAAUAUAACCCUCAAAAUGGAUCUUUACAAAGUGUUCGUCAUGCAGCAUAUCAGAUCAUGUAAGUAUAGUAUUUAUUUGGAUGAUUACAUUUGAUUCUGAAUGAGUUUGAUAGUAGCCUCAGCAGCGGCUAUCGUGGCUAAAGCUAACAUUACACAUUGGAGAGAUUUAUAAAGAAUGAAGUUGUAUUUAUGAAUUAUACAGACUGCAAGUGUUUAAUAAUGAAAAUAACGACAUGGCUCUGGUCUCUGUGAAUACAGUAAGAAACAAUGGUAACUUUAACCACAUUUAACAGUACAUUAGCAAGAUGCUAACGAAACAUUUAGAAAGACAAUUUACAAAUAUCACUAAAUAUAUCAUGAUAUCAUAGAUCAUGUCAGUUAUUAUUGCUCCAUCUGCCAUUUUUUGCUAUUGUCCUUGCUUGCUUACCUGCAUAAAGUCUGUUGAUUCGGCUGUGCUGCUCCAGACUUUAAAGGAACACUCCACUUUUUUGAAAAUAGGCUCAUUUUCCAACUCGCCUAGAGUUAAACAGUUGAGUUUUACCGUUUUCGAAUCCAUUCAGCCGAUCUCCGGGUCUGGCGGUACCACUUUUAGCAUAGCUUAGCAUAGUUCAUUGAAUCUGAUUAGACCGUUAGCAUCUCCUUAAAAAAUGACCAAAGAGUUUCAAUAUUUUUCCUAAUUAAAACUUGACUCUUCUGUAGUUACAUCGUGUACUAAGACCGACGGAAAAUGAAAAGUUGCAAUUUUCUAGGCCGAUAUGGCUAGGAACUAUACAUGUAAUAUAGAUUUAAAAAUUUCAUCUGAAUACACAAUUGUUUUAAAUGGUCUUCAGAAAAGAAGGAUGUUUUGUGUUUCCAGACCUGUAGUUACAACAUCUACCAGCAAUAGGAUCUACUGAAAAUACAUAGAGGCCUACUGUGAAAAUCCUCAAAAUUUAAAAAAAAAGUUUUAAAGCAAAAUAUUAAGAGGAAACCAUUCCACGAAUACACAUAACCUUCACUCUGAUAAAUAUUAAAAACAUUUAAUCACAGUUUUACUUGCUGAGACAGAAAAUAAAGUUUGUUGAUAUCAAGACUAGGAUCUGGGGCCUGUACCAUGAAGCCAGUUUAGCUGGUUAGCCAGGCAAGUUUCAGUUUAGUUUGUGCCAAUUCUGGGUUUUAGGUACCAUGAAAGUUCAUCGCCAUAGUAACUUCAGCUGCACGCUAACCAGGUUUUGUUCUGAGUUAGAAAUCAAAGUGACACAUGUCUGAUGCAAUGAAGUCACUCCCCCAGUCUUGCUCGCAAGUAAAGGUCACUACAUAGUAAAAAAAAAAAUUUAGUUUAAUAAAAUUGUCUGGUUAAGCUUUAAUGAUAAUCACUUAUAAUUAUUUUAAAUGAUUUAUAUUUGAUUUCUAUAAUUAUUUCUAUAAUUCUAUAAUUAUCCAUUACACACAAGCAAUUUUAGUUUAACAAUUAUUAUUAAGCAUUUACUUAAAAUGAAUAUUAAUAUAUACAGAUAAUGUGUAAUAAGCUGUAGAAACAAUGGAUAACGCUUUAAAAAUAACUGAGUGUCUGAAUAUUAUCUACUAUAACAACUAACUUAACCAAUUUUACUUGCACUGUUAGAGCAAGGUAUUUUCUUUUAUUUGUCCUCUUUCAUAUUUUCUUCAGUGUGAAUGUGUAUAAAUUCAUCAUAUAAUCUCUUGAUCUUUGGCAAAAGACUUUGAAUCGUUACAAGGCGUGUGAUUGGCUGUUCGCUACUGAUGUCACACAUUCAUGUGCACGUGCUACAUGAACUCAGGAUCAAAGCCUGAGCUGACUGAAAGUUGAUGAUCAGCGUCAUAGUACCAACAAAGCUGGAUUUCGUCAACUCGAAAAUAAACUCACUGUCUGAGAGAGUCAUAUUGAUUCAUCACAUUUUUGGCAGAACAACACAAGCACAGAUGAUGGUUUAGACCCUGUUGCACUCAUUAUAUUUCAUAGUUCUAUAAUCUUCAAAAAUGUUUAAAAGAAGAAAAUUUAUAUGUAUUUGUUCAGUAUUAAAAACAAAAUUUCCCAUGUA